UUGGAAGCUAUAGUUGAUCGCCAUCGACAGCUAUUAUGUUGUGUAGAGUUAUUACAUUCAGCAUAUUCGGAGUCUUCACUUUGCAACAUACUCACAAGUUCUAUGCUCAUUUGCUUCACUGGAUUUAAUGUCAUGGCAUACGACAAUCUGCUCAUCGUGAUACCCUUUAUUGCAUUUUUAUUUAUGGUUAUUGGGCAAAUAUAUCUACUAUGUUAUUAUGGUGACCUUAUUCUCAGAUCAGUAAGUAUCUUUACAUAUGAAUAA